GUGGUAGUCACCCUUGUUUCCUGUGUGUCUCCAGUAUGCAGGAGUGAAGACAUAGCUAGUCUUACUUGAAAUUGCUAUUUAUAACAUGAAUAUAUAUCCAUUCUCUCAUAUGCUUGUUAAUUGUAAUGAGAAUCUCCCUUGAGAUCUGAGCAUUUUAUGAAGGUGUAGAAUAUAGAAAAGUAACUUCCACUGUACUGGCCAGAGUGAUCCCUUGCUUCCUCGCUGAGAGGGAAACAUUUUCUUUCCCUCUUUUUUCACAUCCUUCUCACAAGAAUCCUGUAAUCUGUGACACGUACAGGGGUGCGCGCUCGCAUCCUGACCCCUCCAGCAAAUUAGAACCUGGAUGAGAAGCGCAGUGCCCCUGGCUUCUGAAGACACAAGCCUGAGCCACCUGGUACUGCCCUGCGCUGUCCUGGCAGCAUCCACACUCACAACCUGCCCUGCUCCCCUCCCGGAGCCAGGCUAACGGGAGAAGGGUGUCGCAGUACAGGCCACUGAAAGUCUGAGGUCCAUCCGUGAAAGCAACGGCUCCAACCACCUGUUACUUUUUGUUUUCCCAGAACCUGGCAUGGUGUGCCCAGAACUGCAUCUUAACCUUUGACCCCCCAGAACUAUCACGGGCAGCUGGUGUUGGUACAGUGGGUGGACAGGCACAGCAGGUCCGGCUGAGGCGAGGGCACGAAACUCUUUUGCAUGUUCUUAAGAAAAGAGAUGUUCUGGUGCCAAUCACAAUAUCAGUUUUUGUUUCGGACAAUCAGGGUUUAUCCUGAGUGCUGGGUUUUCUCGGUGGGGUGAGGAAGGCUCACCCCUGGGUUUUCUGCUAUAGGGAGAGGUUUCUAGUCCUUUAGCCCAGAGAAGAGAGGAGGAUUUUGUUCCCAGGGGACAUUUAGGAAUGUCUGGAGACAUUCAUGGUUAUCCCUUCUCAAGGGAGGGUGCUGGUGGGUGGAAGCUCACAACAGAAUCUAUUGGCCCAAAAUGUCAAUAAUGCCAAGGUUGAGAACCUCUGCUUUAGUCUAAUGAUUCUGUGGCAAAAUCAGCAAGUGUGGGCCCUCCUGGUAUUUAUUUGGCAAGUUCUUAAUCUGCAGGGUUUCUCUGACUGUGAACUGAGUCUUAAGGACUGGAAUAAGGAAAGGCCGACUUCUCCCUCCCAGACGGCCUACCCCGAGAGUGCUGCUUCGGGGAGAGCUGUCAGAACGCACUGCUCCUCACCCUAACCAGAAUUCGCGUCCGAGUUAAGUGUCUAGAUCAGAGUGCCUGGACAGCAGGUGUGCUAGGAUUUGCAUGUGCUGAAGAUCAGACUGAAGUGAAAUGCGUUGCUUUGUUCAUAAAAACUAAAGACAGCUGCUACAUGGCAGAUGGCAAAUUGAGUCUGAACUCUUCAGGGGUGGCCAGAAACCCCCUGGCCAGUGACCUCUCCUGCAGCAGGGUUCUUUCCUCUUGCAGCUACCUGGCACAAAGGCUUCUUUCUUUUCACCACACUUCCUGUCCCCUCUCCCAUCCUCAGUGCCACUCCCAGCUUUCGUGGGUUUGCCAAGGCUUCGAGUUUCAGUCUUUCGGAAUUAUCUAAUUCACGCUGUUCUUCCUUUCAUGGGAUUCAGGAUGACCACAAACUCAGCAGUGAGGAACUGGAAAUGAAAUAUGGUACAAACAUCACUACGGGUCUCUCCAGCGCCCGGGCUGCUGAGCUCCUGGUUCGCAAUGGGCCCAAUGCCCUCACCCCUCCCAAGGAGACUCUGGAGAUUGUCAAGUUCCUGAAGCAGAUGGUGGGGGGAUUCUCAUUCCUGCUGUGGAUAGGGGCCGUCCUCUGCUGGAUCGCCUAUGGGAUCCAGUACUCCAACAAUAAGGCCUCCUCCCUGGACAACGUGUACUUGGGCUCCGUGCUUGCCCUGGUGGUUAUUCUAACAGGGAUCUUUGCUUAUUACCAAGAGGCCAAAAGCACCAACAUCAUGGCCAGCUUCCAUAAGAUGAUUCCACAGCAAGCUCUUGUCAUUCGAGACUCAGAGAAGAAGACAAUUCCAGCAGAGCAGCUGGUGGUGGGCGACAUAGUGGAGAUUAAAGGAGGAGACCAGAUCCCUGCGGACAUCAGGCUGCUGUCUGCUCAGGGGUGUAAGGUAGAUAACUCAUCUCUCACUGGGGAGUCUGAGCCCCAGCCCCGCUCCUGCGAGUUUACACACGAGAACCCCCUGGAAACAAAGAACAUCAGCUUCUUCUCGACCACCUGUCUGGAAGGCACGGCGACUGGCAUGGUCAUCAACACGGGUGACCGUACUGUCAUCGGGCAGAUCGCCUCGCUGGCUU